AUGCUUCAUUUCUCAAGAAUUGCAGGAGUUAGCGGAAGAAUAAACUCAUUAACGUCCAAGAUACUACUAUUGCAACGUUGUAAUGGUGACACUAUAUUACGUCAAACCGUUUUGAAACGAACGCCCAUAUCUACACUCCCUAUAACAAGGUUAUAUUCGUUAUCUCAACGCUUACAACAAGAACAGAAAAAUGAAGGGAUACCACUACAAUUUGAUAUCAAUAAACUUACUCGAAGUCAAAUCCAACAAUUAAGAAACAUGAAAAGAGUCGAAGAACAGAGGAAAAAAGGUCGUUCCAUCGCGUUAUAUUUUAGUAGUGUAGCGAUAGUGUUUCUGGGAUUAGCAUACGCAGCGGUCCCCUUAUAUCGAGCCAUUUGUGCUAGAACAGGGUUUGGUGGUAUCCCCAUUACAGAUCGUCGUAAAUUUACAGAUGAUAAAUUGAUUCCUGUAGAUACAGAAAAAAGAAUUAGGGUAUCAUUUACUAGCGAAGUUUCACAAAUAUUACCGUGGAAAUUUGUUCCUCAACAGAGAGAAGUGUAUGUAUUACCUGGUGAGACCGCGUUGGCUUUUUAUAAAGCUAAGAAUAAUAGUGAUAAGGAUAUUAUUGGGAUGGCUACUUAUAGUAUAAGCCCUGGAGAGGCUGCUCAAUAUUUUAAUAAGAUACAAUGUUUUUGUUUUGAAGAACAAAAAUUAGCGGCGGGAGAAGAGAUUGAUAUGCCUGUUUUCUUUUUCAUUGAUCCUGAUUUUGCUAGCGAUCCAGCAAUGCGAAAUAUUGAUGAUAUUAUAUUGCAUUAUACAUUCUUUAGGGCACAUUAUGGAGAUGGAUCAGCGGUAAGUGAUGGUGCUUCAGUGAUACCAGAGGGUUCAAUAUUGGUAAAGGACCCCGACGAUGACGAUUAUGGGGGCGAGUAG